AUGAUGGAGAGAACACGAGUGCAGUUUCAAGUUAGGGUAUUACGACUGAAAUUAUGGGAGAAAAUGUUCGUCUGCGGUUCAGAUAUUGCACUUGGCGAAUGGGAUCCACUAAAAGCAUUUCCGCUCACUAAAUCCCUAACCGACAGGAUCAAAUCGGUAUUCAUUUCAGAGGACUUCUUCGUGAACAAAUUAGCCAACAUCGUCCUUCCGAAACCUCGAAAAGCCGAAAACCAUAUUCAAUGCCCGUUAGGGCAAGACGUAGUGCUGAAAAUUUGCGGUCCG